UCGGAUAUAUGGUGGAAGCUCAAAACCCUGCAACAAGUAACACCACCGAGCCCAAAACCCUUGAAUCAAUCCACCAUCCAUGUUAUCGAAUCCUUGUCUCACUCUCACCUCACAGGCUCACACACAAAUCAACUCCAAUGUUCAUAGUUACACCUCACCGAUGGAACUUCCCUUCUCCUUCUCAACCUCACUCUCUCCCAACCCAAUCCAAUUCCCCAAACCACGCAACGCCACCCCCCGCCUCCGCCGCAUUUCCGCGGUGGCCACAGACCCCUCGCAAGAGCUUCCCCAAAACAGCCCCCAGCGCCUCCUCAAAGAGCUCGCGGUCCGCAAGCGGCCGCCGCCGCGAGCCCCACGCGCGCCCCCGCGGCGGUUCGUCCUGACGCCCCCGCUAGACGACAAAAGAGUCGCCAGCAGGUUCCUGAACAGCCCCCAGCUCGCCCUCAACUCCUUCCCCUUGCUCAGCUCGUGCCUCCCCUUCGCCCCCCUCGCCCACGCCGACAGCGCGUGGAUGGAGCGCCACCUGAUGGAGGCCAAGCACGCGCUCGGGUACCCCUUGGAGCCCUCCGCCGCGCUCCCCGACGGCAACCCCGCCAAGGAGUUGGACACUUUGCUCUACUUGGCGUUUCAGCACGAGAGGAGCAGGGCGCGCCACGUGCGGUUCGGCCACUCGAGGUUGUUCUUUCUGGGGCAGUACGUGCUGGAGCUGGCGUUCGCCGAGUUUUUCUUGCAGAGGUAUCCGAGGGAGUCGCCGGCGCCGUUGAGGGAGCGGGUUUUUGGGCUCAUUGGGAAGAGAAGCAUGGCCAGGUGGAUUAAGGCUGCCAGCUUGCACAAUUUGGUGUUCCCCUGUGAUGAUAUGGACAAGCUGAUCAGGAAGGAAAGGGAAUCAACUGUAAAGUCUGUAUUUUGGGCUUUGUUUGGGGCAAUAUAUCUCUGUUUUGGUAUGCCAGAAGUGUAUCGUGUUCUUUUUGAAGUCUUUGGAAUGGAUCCAGAUGCUGAGGAUUGCCAGCCCAAAUUGCGAAGGCAACUUGAAGAUAUAGAUCAUGUAUCUGCCGAAUUUGAAGGAAAUAUAAGCUGGCAAGAUAUGGUUGCGUAUAAGCCUCCUGCAGAUGCCUUGUUUGCACACCCACGGUUGUUUAGAGCUUGUGUUCCUCCAGGCAUGCAUCGAUUUAGAGGAAAUUUGUGGGAUUAUGAUUGCAGACCCCAGAUUAUGCAAGUCCUUGGAUAUCCAUUAGAAAUGACAGAUAGAAUUCCAGAAAUUACUAAAGCCAGGAACAUAGAGCUUGAUCUUGGAUUGCAGUUAUGUUUCUUGCAUCCAUCAAAGUAUAAAUUUGAACAUCCUCGAUUUUGCUAUGAGAGAUUAGAAUACCUAGGCCAAAAGAUACAGGAUUUGGUAAUGGCUGAAAGAUUGUUGAUGAAGCAUUUAGAUGCUCCAGGGUUCUGGUUACAAAAUAGGCACCGCAGGUUUCUUAUGAACAAGUUUUGUGGAAGAUAUUUGAGGGCAAAAAAUCUCCACCGUUUUAUUAUAUAUUCCGAAAAGGUUGAUGACAUAUAUCAGCGCAGCUAUAGACUGAAAUACCCAGUCACUACAGCUGUUCAACAGGCCAUUCACGGGCUUUCUUAUGCUGUCUAUGGGAAACGUGAUGUGAGACGUUUGAUGUUUGAGGUUUUUGACUUUGAGCAAACCCAGCCUGAAGCUUUGUAAAUAUGGAGUGGCAAUACCAUAGUGACAAGGAUACAAGAACUUUCCAUUUCCUCAUAUCCUUUGACCACCCUUCCCUCCUUAACAUAUUUCUUUCUUUCCUUUUCACCCUCUUGAUGUAGGUUUUUACAUAUGAUGAUUUGAUCCACGUUGUUGUAAUUGAUUUGUAAGUUCUUUUGAAGUUGCUCUUGUAUAUAUAUAUAUAUGUUCAUUGUAUUCUAUUAAUUUCGAGACUGAGCCCAUAGACUCCUAAAGUUGCAUGGA